UCAACCAGGAAACAGAGUUGUGAUGUGGCUAACAUGGGAUAAACCAGAAAUGGAUGUGCAAGUAUUUUCUGUUAAAACCAUCGUUUUGCUGUUUAAAAGCAUUAUUUGAAGAAUGAAAGGCUUCGGGUAUCAUCUUGCAAUUUGUCUUUUAUUGACGUGGCCAAAUUCGUGCGUGACAGAACGAGUUGAGAGACAAACAUCGUUAUUAGAUUUGCACGAGAGAGACGAUGUUGGAUUGGAACAGGAUCAUACAAUUAUUCCCGAUGACAAAAAAAUAUCACCGAGAAACGAAGGAAAUAUACCUGCUGCCAACCCGCAACAAGACGGCCACGCAGAGCAAUCAAUCAGCCUGUUAAACGACACAGAUAACUACAGUAAUGGCACCCUCCACGCUACCACUGUGGGUGUCAAGGCAACCCCUAAGCCAACCCCUAAGCCAACCCCUAAACCCAUCCUGCCAGGUGCUGGGGUCAAGGCCCAGGAGGAGGAACAGUCCAGCGGGAUGACCAUAUUCUUCAGCCUACUGGUCAUCGGUAUCUGCAUCAUAUUGGUGCACCUGCUUAUUAAGUUCAAACUGCACUUCCUACCGGAGAGUGUGGCUGUUGUAUCCUUAGGGAUCCUGAUGGGAGGCUUCAUAAAGAUCAUUGAGUUUCAUGAGCUAGCUAAUUGGAAGGAAGAGGAGAUGUUUCGUCCCAACAUGUUCUUCCUCCUGCUCCUGCCGCCCAUCAUCUUCGAAUCAGGAUACUCUCUACAUAAGGGUAACUUCUUCCAGAACAUUGGUUCCAUCACACUGUUUGCUGUCAUCGGCACGGCCAUCUCUGCCUUCAUCGUAGGAGGAGGGAUCUACUUCCUGGGACAGGCCGAUGUGAUCUACAAGAUGAGUAUGACAGACAGCUUUGCGUUUGGUUCUCUGAUCUCGGCUGUGGACCCCGUAGCAACCAUCGCCAUCUUCAAUGCCCUCAACGUGGACCCUGUCCUCAACAUGCUGGUGUUUGGAGAGAGCAUCCUCAACGACGCGGUCUCCAUCGUACUCACCAAUACGGCGGAGGGUUUUGCCCGGGAUGAUAACGCCAUGGUAACGGGCUGGGAGACGUUCCUCCAGGCGUUGGGAUACUUCCUCAAGAUGUUCUUCGGUUCCGCUGCCCUCGGAACCCUCACUGGACUCAUAUCUGCCAUCUUCCUGAAACACUUUGACCUGAGGAAGACUCCGUCUUUAGAGUUUGGCAUGAUGAUCAUCUUUGCCUACCUGCCCUACGGCCUGGCAGAGGGCAUCAAACUCUCUGGUAUCAUGUCUAUCCUGUUUUCAGGGAUUGUGAUGUCACACUACACCCAUCACAACCUGUCUCCUGUCACUCAGAUCCUGAUGCAGCAGACCCUCCGCUCGGUGGCCUUCAUGUGUGAGACGUGUGUGUUUGCCUUCCUGGGUCUCUCCAUCUUCAGCUUCCCUCACAAGUUUGAGCUUUCCUUCGUCAUCUGGUGUAUAGUGCUGGUGUUAGUAGGUCGGGCCGUGAAUAUUUUCCCUCUCUCCUUCCUGCUCAACUUCUUCAGAGACCACAAGAUCACACCCAAGAUGAUGUUCAUCAUGUGGUUCAGUGGUCUGAGAGGUGCCAUCCCCUAUGCCCUGAGCCUUCAUCUUGGACUAGAGCCCAUAGAGAAGCGCCAGUUGAUUGGCACCACCACCAUCAUCAUUGUCCUCUUCACCAUCCUCCUCCUCGGCAGCGGGACCAUGCCCCUCAUCCGCAUCAUGGACAACGAGGAGAGCCAAUCCCGACGCAAGAGCAAGAAGGACAUCAACCUCAGCAAGACGGAGAAAAUGGGUAAUGCCCUAGAGUUGGAGCACCUGUCUGAGUUGACAGAGGAGGAGUAUGAGGCUCAGAUCUACCAGAGGCAGGACCUGAAGGGCUUCAUGUGGCUGGAUGCCAAAUACCUCAACCCCUUCUUCACACGACGACUCACACAGGAGGACCUCCUGCAUGGUCGGAUCCAGAUGAAAACUUUGACCAAUAAGUGGUACGAGGAGGUCCGACAGGGCCCGUCUGGUUCUGAGGACUAUGAAGACGAGAUUGAGCUACUCUGAACCCAACACACACACCUGAGUGUCGAUGAAUGGGCGGAAGAUGAACAGGGCGUGUGUCCUGGAUUCAGAGUGUGUAUGAAAGGACAGGAGACCGCAGAGAGGAACGCUUGUGGAGGAAUACCACUUGUUUCUGUUUCUUCUGUGCGUUUCUCACCUGUGUGUUCUUGACCACUAAUGACUAGUGUCAUUCUCUGUGGACUAUACCACUCUGCAGCCCACCUCCCCCACCUCACACCACUACCACUCCCCUACACCAUUUGAUUUGAGCCAAUCGAAAAUGCACUGUCUGUGAUGUCUGACAAACCGGGUGAAGCUGGGAACUGGCAAUCACACGUGAAUUUGCCAUUAUACCAUGUAAUGAUACUGAAAUUGAUGUGACCAUAAGGCUUUUCCAAGUGCCAACAUGUUACUACUCAGCUGUACACAGUAACUACCAAUAAGGUGCAUUGAACAUUGAUUGAAUCGUGGCCUAAGGAUAGUGGCCAAAUUCUGACCCUUGUGUGUGUAUGUAGUUACAUGAAAUUUUACCAAGAAAACAGAAUCCAUGUAACUACAUUUUAUUUGACAGAGGUUUGGAGGACUAGGGUUACAAAAGCGGGUUGAAGGGAAUCAAAAAGGAACUCCUGUGAAGAGAGAGAGAAGCCUCUCUAGCAAAGCAAUAUUACAACACUUUUUUAUUGUUUAGUUCACCUUUCAAUGUGCUUUUACAUAUGCUGAUAACACAAUUUGAAUGUAUGCUUUAUAAACUGCUUAUAAGCAUUAUUGCAAUAAUUAUUUUAUUUUUUCAUAUGUAUGAUACCAGGUAAUAUUACUAUAUAACAUGAUUUAUAUAGUUAUAAUAAUAAUUUGAUUAUAAUUGUAAUAGUAGUUGAUCAACAGUUUAUAAGCAGGCUUUUUAAUAAGGAGAUAUCAGUGUAUUUCUUCAUGUGAAUCACUUUAUGAUGGAGACAAGGCACCAAUGAAUGUCUGGGUGAUGGGGGGGGUGGAGGUCUUGUGAAGUGUAUAUUUAUUUAUCUUUUAUAUUUAUUGGUUGAUCUAAUUUUAUUUGUUGCUGGGAUGAAGGCUUUUCUACAAACUCUUGUUCCACUGGGCAUUGCUGAAUAACACAUAAUGAAGAUAGAAAGUGGUAUUUUUCAUUUGAAAGAAUGUGAAUUAAAUUGGCUUAAAGUUAUACAUAAUACAGA